AUGGCAAAUGAGUGGCUGUACCGACCGACGUCGCUGUGCGGGCUGGGCUUCCAGAUACGGUUGCCUCCACCGCAGCCCUCCAGCUCUGCUUUCUUCGGGACGCUAUGGCCGCUUUGUCUGUGUCUCAUGUUAUACCUCAUUGGUUUCGUCCAGCAUUUAUCCUCUUUACUGGCCCGCUGGUGUAUGGUGGCGAAGGAUUCGACCUUCUUUACGUGCCUAUUCCGCGAGGAAUCACGUUGCCGGAAGCGUGGCUCGGUCUCGCUAUCUUUUGGAUCAGAUCCCUUCACUUGGCACAAACUGGUGGUCACUCACUGUACCCUCGACAAUUUUGAAUGGGAUCUCACUGAGCUGCCGUACUGGCGAUACCACUUCUUGCGGGCUAAUGCGGCAAAUAGCCUGACCGGCGCAGCAUCCACUGCAGCGCACCGUUUCUACGAUCUCGGUUACGCUCUCCUUCAAGACUUUGUGGAUUAA